AUGAUCUCGUCGCGGCAGGAGCUGCUGGUGGCUCUUCGCGGCCAGCCACGAGAGCUCGCAGCGAAUUCGAACGCUUCGCAGCGCGAGGCUGCCUCGUGGACACAGCCACCGCAUCCGCCGUUCAUUUCGGAGGACGCGUUUGAUCCAACGGACGAGCUGCCAUGGGUGGAGAAGCUCCUCCAGCUGGCAGCGUGCGUCACGGAGAUCCACCGCUUCUCCCGCCGCCUCCUGGACGCCCGCAGCGCCGCCAUCAGCGCAGCAGCAAGAGCGUCGCUCGCAGCCGCACUCCCAGCCUCACACUCAACCUCAGCCACAGCACCAUACAGCAUUGCUGGAGCGACGGGGGGGAUUACCUCAGUGUCAGAAAGUGGGCGGGAUGCGUCGCACAGGGUGCUGGCAGGGGCGGCGGGGGGUGCGAGUGGUCUGCAGUGUGCGUUAGCGACGUGUGUGGAGGAGGAGGCGCUGCUGCCGUACACACACGAGGUGGACCGCCUCUUCUCCUCCCCACUCCCCGUGCGAACCAUCUGGGCCAAGCUAUCCGUGUAUGAGCAGCUGCUGACAGGCCUCGUUAGAGUCACAUCCGCUAUAGAGCAAGGCAACAUCACAGGUGCCCAUCUGCUGCGCUAUCUGGAGCAGGAGAGCAGCUUCGGGCCUAUCAUACUAUCAAUUGCUCUCGACGUGUGCAUCCGCCACUGUCAGCGCGUGUGGGUGGGGCAGCUGGCGCACUGGAUGGCGUUUGGCGCCUUGCCCCCCGAUGGUGGCGCUGAGUUCUUCAUCUCCAGGGCGGCACCUGCUGCCCCACCAGCACCCGGACCCGGUGCAGUGGUGGAGAGCAGAGCAGAGAGGACGAACGGCAUCGUUUCCUGGGACGAGUACAGCAUCAAUGAGGCCCAGCUGCCGCCUGACUUUGCACCUGAGACAGCGGAGGCGGCGUUGUUUGUGGGGCGAGCCAUGCUGCUGCUGCAGGAGGCAGGGCGGCGCAGUGAGAGCGAGCUGAGCGGGCAAGGGUCGGGCAGCAGCAGGCAGCGGAAGCACGAGGCAGACGUGAAGAGAAUUCUCGACAGCGUGCUGGCAUUGCGCGAGGGGCGCACGAAGCAUGCAUGGGACGAGCAGCGGGUGCAUGAGGUGGUGGAGGCAGCGAGGAAAAGAGCAGCGCACCGCCUGUGGCAGCUGGUGGUGAGGGAGAGCGACCUAUUUGGCCAUCUGCACGCCGUGCAUUUCUUCCUGCUGGGCGGAGGGGGCGCCUUCAUGCAGAGCGUGUGGCAGUCGCUGAGGGAGGUGCUGGCACAGCCAGACGUGAGGGCCAGGGUUGCCAACGACAAGCUGCAACUGGCCGUUGAGAAGGCAUCAGCAUGCAUCGGGGAGGAGGCGACUCUCAAGUACUUCCGCACAUUCUCCUUCAAGUUCAUCCCCCCUGACCUGACAAGGCCUCAACUCGUGGCAGCGUUCCUCUUCCGCCUGCGCCGCGUGGCCCUCGAGCUGCAGCUCGCCUGGCUGCUGCUGUGCAAGGUCAGAGCCGAGGGGGCCAGGAUGCGAGGGCUGCCUGAGAAAGGGCCGCGUGGCGUGGUGGCUGGGAGGGGUGAAGGGGUGAGAGGUGGAGAAGGGGGUUUCAGAGGGGCAGGGGUGGGAGGGGUUCAGGGGAAAGGUAGAGGGGAGACGGUGGGGAGCAGGAGGGGCGAGGAGGAGGGGCAGAUGAAGCGGACUUGGUCGCUGCCAGCUGGCAGUGGGGAGGCUGUCAGGAGUGGUGGCGUUGAUGCUGGCCCUGCUACCGCUUCUGCUGCUGGUGCUGCUGGUGCUGCUGGCUUCGCUAGAAGCACAAGUGUGGCGGCAGGUAGUGUGGGAGGGGCGGGGAGUGGGAGAGGGGGCAGCAGCGGUGUGGUGCGCAUAUCGCUGGGGGAGCGCAAGGAGCAUCUGAUGCUGUGCAUGAUGCUCAAGGAGAUGCUGCAGAUCGUCACCAGCCUGCAGACGUACCUCCAUGCGGACGUGGUGGAGGUGGAGUGGGCGGCAUUCCUCGCCUCUAUCCGAGCCAACCCCGACUUCUCCUUCCUGCUUGCCGCCCAUGACCGCUUUCUCGCAUCGUUGGAGCGCCACGUGAUGCUGGGCAACACGCACUUCACGCGCCCGCUGCACUCGCUGCACGUGCUCGCCAUGAAGCUCUGUCGCCGCCUCCACCACUCUGCACCGCUGCCUCUCCCACUGCUGCAAGACAUGCGCAAGGAGCUGGAUGCGAAGGCAUGCGCUUUGUAUCUGUCGGUGGGGAUGCUGCACCACUCUGUAUCAACACCACAAGUGCACAAGCUGCUCACACAGAUCAAUUUCAACGGCUACUAUUCGCUCUCCACUAGUUGA